AUGUUUGCCACGAACGAAACCGAACCAUAUUGCCGUACCUAUGCCUAUCCGAAAGGCGUUCGAGACUAUCGAUGCGCUGCCACUCCAGCUACGAGAGUAUCCAGCGUAGACUUUACAUAUAACGGCGAACAGUAUCCGGAUUUCACCGUAUCCACGUUCGUUGACGUCGAUGGCACCACCCGGGAACCUUCCGAAAGCCUCUCAAUAGCAACGACGACAAAGGACGCGGGAUCAGUAGUGACGAGCUCGUCCACCAGGAAACCAAAAGAUGAUGGCAAAAACUCUACGAAUGUUGGUGCCAUCGCUGGAGGUACGAUUGGAGGUUUCUUUGUGGGCGUAUUUGCCUUGGGCAUGGUGUAUUGGUUUCGAUUUCGGCGACCUCGUAGUCCAGACAACAUGGACACUCCCGCUUCACCUCCUCGGCAGCCCUUUGAGCAUGAGUCUUCAAAGGACCAGGCACCACAGGUGGUCCGGGAGAGGAGCCCAAUUUCUCCCGAUCUCUCGCCCGCGCGAACAAGCAUGUCAUACGUUGCUAUCAGGCCAAUCACGGCUCCAUUACCUCCGUCUUCGCCAGACCAGCCUGAAGUUGUAUACGAACUGGGAGGUCGUUACACUUAG